CCCGGGCUGAGCCCAGCGGGGGGAUGAAGUUGGACGUCUUCGCCCUCCGCGCCAAUGGCGACGCCGAAACGGGCGGCCACCUGGAGGGGGCGGGCGGAGCAGGAGCAAGAGCAGGCGGCGGCGGCCCGUUGUCUCCGGUGUCGGGCCCCGGAGAGGACGAGCCGGGCUCGGACGGGGACUGCGCCGCCCACGGCUCGGGCGGCGGCUCCGGGGCCGCGGUCGGGGGAGACGCCGCGGCCGGGGCCGGGGGCGGGCGGACCAAGCCGUACACCCGGCGGCCGAAGCCCCCCUACUCCUACAUCGCGCUGAUCGCCAUGGCCAUCCGCGACUCGGCCGGGGGCCGCCUGACGCUGGCCGAGAUCAACGAGUACCUCAUGGCCAAGUUCCCCUUCUUCCGCGGCAGCUACACGGGCUGGCGCAACUCGGUGCGCCACAACCUGUCGCUCAACGACUGCUUCGUCAAGGUGUUGCGCGACCCCUCGCGGCCCUGGGGCAAGGACAACUACUGGAUGCUCAACCCCAACAGCGAGUACACCUUCGCCGACGGGGUCUUCCGCCGCCGCCGCAAGAGGCUGGGCCACAAGGCGGCCGUGGCGGCGGCGGCGGCCGUGGCGGCGGCGGCGGCGGCGGCGGAGGAUCCCGCGGCCCGGCCGCCCGAGGAGGAGCCGGCGGCCGCGGGGACCGGCCCCGCCCUCCUCCUCCCGCCCCCGCCGGCCUCGGCUCCCCCGCCGGCCGCCCCCUCGUCCCCCUCGCCCUGCCCGCCGCGCUGCAAGGAGGAGGGCGCGGGUCCGGGCGCGGCGGGCAAGUUCUCCAGCUCCUUCGCCAUCGACAGCAUCCUCAGCAAGCCCUUCCGCCGCCGCGGGGAGCCGAGCGCCGAGCCCCGGGGCCAUCCCCCGGCCGCGCGGCUGCUGUGGGCCGCCGGCUACCCGGCGCUCGGCCCCUACGCCGUGGCCCCGCGGCCUCAGCCCCCCGCCGCUCUCUUCGGAGGAGGAGGAGGGAGCCGGGGCGGGUCCCUCCUGCAGCUGUACGCCUACAGCCUGGGCGAGCCGCGGUUCCCGGAGGCUCGGAGGCGGGGGGGCCCUCCGUCCCCCGCCGCCGACCCCCGCUCGGAGCAUCGGCCGGGCCAAGGGCAUCCUCCGGGACGGGACGACGCUCCGGGGCCGCAUCUGCUGCAGCAGCAGCAGCAGCAGCAGCAGCAGCAGCAGCAGCAGCAGCAGCAUCUCUUCCUCUCCGCUUCUCUGGCCGCCGCCGCCAAGGCUUUCGGCGGGCCGCAGGCUGGCGGCGGGUCGCCGCUGUACUGCCCCCUGCGGCUGCCCGGGGCCUUGCAGGCGGCCUCCGGCUGCGGCCCCAGCGCCUACCUGCCCUACCCCGUCGAGACGCUCCUCGCUUAAGCGGGCACCGACGGCCCGACGGGGACGGAGGAGGGACGAGGACGGACGGAGCGGCGGCCACGGCCGGCCCGGGGGCAGGAAACAUCGGGGCUCCGAGUUCUGCACUUUCUACCUACGGGGAAAGAGACCCUUAACGCAAGACGCGACGUGCCUUAAAGCCGAGUGGUGUCCAGCAGGUGUUUUAAGCAGCCAGAAAGGGGGUUGGUUUUGUUUUUAAUGGGACUUUUCAGUGGACCAAAGCGUCUCUUAAUAAUAGAUGUAACUACUUGACCAAGCCAGUUUUCCCUCGGGUCUUCACUUUAAAAAAAAAAAAGGAUUAAAACCUCCUUCUCUCUCCCCUUUACGACCUUCCGACUGGCCCCCUUCCUUUGCCCCGAUCCCCUCCCUCUCUUCCCACCCCUUCCCUUCUCCCUUUUAAUCUCCCCAUUCACCAAGAGCGAUUUGCUUAUCAGGGACCUAUUUCAUGAGAUGAAUUCAACGACUACUCUAUGGGGUGCAUUGGCCCCACUGUGUGCCGUGCGUGUGUGUGCGUCUGUGAGAGUGAGUGAGCUGGCGCGUCUGUCUGGUGUUUGAAGGUGAGAAAGGUCAGAGAUUUUCUCAGGAUUUCUCUGCUCCGAACCAAUGCAUCACUGUGCCAAAAAAAAAAAACAAACAAAAAACAAACAAAAAAAACUGUGUAGCUAUAAUGUCGUUUGUUGUUGGGUUUUUGUAGUUCUAUUAUUUAUUAAAAACAAACCUUUGGAGUAAAAACAAAUGUUGCAGGCGACGGGCUUUAUUUGUUGUUCAGUGAUCUUCUCCAUUGAGGUUCUUUGGGACAGAGCUAGAUGGAGCUAGCCGAGUAGAUUUCUUAUAAAAAUGGCAUUAUGCAUGUGGGGUGCUAGGAUCACAGCCACUGGAAAGCAGGUGUUUUUUUUUAAAUCUUAUAUUAUUUGUGUGUCGAUGUGCGUACAUGUCUAGAUUUUAUGAAACUCAGGCAGAGUGCUUAUUUUCGAAUAAAAGUCGCAAAACUACAA